AUGAUGGGUCGAGUAUCGAUUCUGGCGACCCUUAUUGACCCGCUCAGGAGGGCUCGCGAGGCUUUGCAAGGAGCUGGUGACGUGAAGGCUGCCAUGCGGGAACGCUUGGAUGACUAUGAGCGGGUGGUGAAUCAGUUCGAGAGUAAGCUCGGGUCAAUAUCCGAUCGGCGUAUCGAGCCCGAGGUGACGAAGCUGCUAGUACACUUCGACGAGAUAACUGCUCUCAUAAGAAAGUACACGGCCUCGCCAGGGGAUUCGUUGCUCGUGAGAUUGCGCAAGAAAACCGACAGAGCCAGGCUUCACAAGGAGCUUGCGGAGGAGCUCGAGCGCAUCGACAAGGACAUGCAGCGACAGCUGGCGACCAUUCAAGUCCUGGGAAUGAUGGAGUUGAGCAACCCGUUACCCACAUUCUCGUUGGACGUUGGAAAUGCGGCAGGUCACGACGGUGGUUUUACGUGGCAUAACCUCAAUUGGUGGAUGCUGUUGCUCCUGGUCGUACUUGUUCCAAUUGCGUUAAGCGUAUGCUGGAAGCAUGGGGGAGGGGGAAGCUCGACGCGUCCUCCCGUCCCAGACAUGGCUGCAGCACCCGCUGCAGACACGGCUGCAGCCCCGACUGUAUCGCUAGCUCUGCCUGCGAGCUACGUGGAGCGCAAUUCUCUGAUAUCCGAAGUUGUUGGCAAUCUCACGGCCGCUAACGCGCCCCGAUCCCCGUAUGUGCUGCAAGGAAGUGGGGGAGCUGGGAAGACGGUUCUAGCAACCGCUGUCGUUAGGAACGAGGAGGUCCGGAAGCGCUUCGGGCGGGGGAUUUUCUGGUUAGACGUGGGGCGUCAUGGCAACCUCAAGCUUCCUGCCCUCGUUCAACGGCUGGCGAGGGAGAUGGAUGUCGUCUCGGAGAAUAUGGAUGGCCUGGACGAUUGCGUACGGGAUAUUGCUUUCGCUGUUGCGAGGGACAACUCUGUACCUCGCCUCCUCGUUCUGGACGACGUAUGGCAUGAAGAGGUCAUGGACGCUCUACGACCCACGGGGCUCCAAAUUCUGGUUACAACCCGCCUCGCUUCGGUAGGACGCGGCAUGCUCGUUGGGGAUAUGGAAGAGGGAGAGGCCCGUGAGCUGCUGAGCAAGAAGAGCGGGGCGGUGGCGCUUCCGGUGCCAGAGGCCAACCAAGUUGCCCGGGAUUGCGGAUGUCAUCCACUGACCCUCGUGAUAGCGGGGUCGCUCAGGUGCGUCAGGGAAGCGCCAGACUCCGCCCUGGCGUGGCGCGAGCUUCACUCAGAGAUAGAGAGAAUAAAACGAAGUAGUCGGGGUCUCGAGAUGGCCACUGACUCCGACGAGGAGCCAUCACAAUCGUCGCUGUUCCCCGUUCUGAGCCUGAGCUUCGAGCGGCUGAAGGUGCAAGAGCAGGACUCGUUCCUCAGCCUGGCUGUGCUCGCCCGUGGAGUCCCUGCACCUGUUGCAAUGCUGGCCAACCUCUGGGACAAGGACGAGAAGGGUGCCAAGAAAGAAGCGAGCGCCUUCGUAGGGCGCUCUCUUUUGAUUGAGGAGCAGGAAGCCUUUAUUGUUCACGACAUGCUGUUGGACUUCAUUGACGUCAUGUGCCAGCACGAGAGCAGCGUGGUUCAGCUGGCAGUGAUGCGCCAAACGCACUACCUGAGCAGGCUCCCUGUGGUCUGGCGGUACUGCCGUAAGGGAGAGUCCCUCGAAGGUAUGUAUUCCCUGAUCUCCCUGUGGCGGCCAGUGAUGAAGCUAUCUGGUAACGAGAAGCUAGACGUGGAAACCUACGAGGCCAGCCUGCGGGAAUUGGGCGAGGAACAUGAGCCAAUAGACGUGGCCAAUGCCUGCAUGAUAAUCGGGGACGUGUUCUUACUGCAGGACCAAUACUCGGAAGCUGAGCCGCUUUAUCAACGGGCUGAGGAGAUAUAUGAGAAUCUUCAAGGGCAUGAUUACCCACCUGUGGUGACAUCGCUUAGCAACCGGGCUUCGUUGCGGCAUCGACAGGGCGAGUAUGCCGAGGCUGAGCGACUCCAUGAGCAGCCACAGACCGUGCGAGAAGAGGUGCCGGACAUGGGUGGUCCUGAUGUUGACGUAUCGCUCAGCAACGUGGCCACGUUGUUGCACCAACAGGGUUGGGAAGAAGACGGUCUGCAGAGAGAAGCCGCUACAAGCGACCAGGUCGUUAGUGGCCCAGAACAUCCAGGGGUGGCUCUAGACUUAAACAAUCGGGCGGAAACGUUGAUAACGCAGGGCAAGUAUGCUGCGGCCGAGCCACUGUUGGAGCGGUCGCAGGCUUUACAAGAGAAGGUCCUGGGUCCGGACCACCCCGAGGUGGCCGUGUCGCUCAACAGACUGGCGGAGCUGUUGAGUGCGCAGGGAAACUAUGAAGAGGCUGAGCCGCUAUACAAGCGCUCAAUGGCCGUUGAUGAGAAGGUUUACGGUCCUUACCACCCAAAGGUUGCUGCAGAUUUCCAGAGCUGGGCAGUUUUGUUGCAUCGACAGGGCAAGUAUGCUGAGGCGGGCCCGUAUUACCUUCGAGCUAUUGACAUCGUGGAGAAGACUCUGGGCGUAGACCACCCAAAUCUUGCUCAAAUGCUGAACAGCCGAGCGGCGUUGUUGGAUCGCCAGGGGAUGUAUGACGAAGCGGGGCCACUUUAUGAGCGGUCUCAGGCUAUACGGGAGAAAGCCCUGGGUCCGGAGCAUCCCGAUGUAGCCCGUUCGCUCAACAAGCGAGCGUGGCUACUCUGUCGACAGGGCAAGCAUGAGCAGGCCGAGCCUCUGAACGAACGUGCCAUCAGCAUCUGGGAAGGGGCAUUGGAGAGUGAGCAACCCAGAGUAGCUCCUGGACUCGAAAUGCGGGCAUGGGUUUUGAGAGCGCAGGGCAAGCAUGCUGAGGCCGAGACGCUUUCAGAGUUGUCGCAGGCAAUGCACCAGAAGGCUCUGGGGCCGGAGCACAGCGAUGUGGCGCUGUCGCUCAGCAACCGGGCGGAUGAACUAUAUCGACAGGGCAAGGAUACGGAGGCCCAACCGCUGUUUGAGCGUGCCAUCAAGAUUUGGGAGAAGGCUCACCGUCACGACCACCCGCUAGUGGCCAAUGUGCUUCACAACCGGGCAGGGUUAUUGAGCGCUCAGGGAAAGUACGCGAAAGCACAUGCCUUGCUCGAGAGAGCCCUGGCCAUCAGGGAAGGUGCUUUGGGAGUGGACCACCCGGACACUAUCACGUCUCUAGGGGCGUUGGCUGACUUGUACGCCAAGCAGGGCCUCCUGGAGAAGGCAACUCCUGUGUUGGAGGAGGUUGUCAGCGCCCGUGAGCGUGCUCAAGGGCGUGACCAUCCCGACGUGGCUUCAGCGCUUAGCAUGUGGGCAGUAGUCUUGAGCGACCAGGGGAAGAACGCCGAGGCGCUCGCUUUGUUCGAAAAAGCUCUGGCCAUCAGGGAAGGCGCUUUGGGAGUGGACCACCCGGACACGAUUACGUCGCUAGGGGCUUUGGCUGACUUGUACACCAAGCAGGGUCUCCUGGACAAGGCUUCUCGUUUGUUGGAGGAGGUUGUCAACGCCCGUGAGCGUAUUCAAGGGAGUGACCAUCCCGACGUGGCUUCAGCGCUGAACGAGCGGGCGGUAUUGAUGUAUCAGCAGGGGGAGUUCACGGAGGUAAUCCUACUAUUGGAGAGGGCGCUUCCAAUCCGCAUGGAGACGCUUGGGGAAAACCACCCGGAGACGCUCGACACCCAAAAGUGGCUGGAACUCUUACGAAAUCAGGUGUGA